AUGCCGCCUCAGGAAAGGAGACUAGCGGAUAUUCUGAAAGAGGAAAAAAUUCCUCCUACAAAACGUUAUGCUAAAAAACCAAAGCAUUUGGAUGUUUUUAUUCCGUUUGAGAUACCAUGGGAACAUUUGCCUUCUUUGCAAACUCAACAAGGUAUGGGAGCUUUUGGUCAUUAUCGAGAUGCAAACAUGAAAGUAAAUCAAGGUUCUAAACGACUUAUUCAGGGUAAUCUUCAUUCUGAAACGGUGAUUCCUCUUUUCUCACAAGCAGUUGGCAAUGAUCAGUCAGGUAUGCUACCGUUUGGAUCUUACAGAAGAAAUAUAUCAGACGUUAUUGAUCAUCACGACUUCGAUGAUUCUAAGACAACACAAAUAAAAUAUAAGGAUCAUAUGACUCCAAAUUGUGAUCCAGAAUCUCACAGCUUUAUUAGCCGCCAAUUUGCGCCGACAUCAACUGAAAAAGCUGGAAGUAUCAUUAUAGAUAGAAGACGCAAUGUAAUCGUUGCUUUUUUUUUGAAUUAUUCAUUUCAUUCAAAAAAUUUCAUUCCCGGCUAUGGUGAUGACGCAGGUGUGUUUAAUCGUGCUUCUGAAUCAAUUAUGCCACGUUUGUUUCAAACAAGCGAUAUUUGCACCAGAACUGGAGCUGAUUUUGGAGCUUUUCGACCGUUGAUAAGUGAAUCAGAAGGUGCUUAUCAAAUGAGUCUCGAUGAUGAAAUUAAGUGUAAACUUGUUGUACCAUAUCAGGUUUGUGCAUAUUUAUUGAUUAAUAUCUCAGAAAAAUUUGUACGCUUCAGUAAGCACUCUUAG